AUGUUUUCACCACCCACUCUGUUGAGCUCGGAUAACGCCUACUCAUUGAUGGCCGAGCGAAUUUUCUCAGAUGUCUACUAUGUACGACUUACUCGUGUCGCGAUUCUAGCAGCGACGAUUUACGAGAUCGUUAUUACAAUGGGUGAUGAGAUCACAUAUUUCUUCGAAAGUCAUAAACGUAUAUCACUCGAAGAAGUUUUAAUUAACCUUCCUUUCUUCCGGUGGAACAGGCUGCCCCAUGGAAUCCAAAGAACAUGGGACAUCAAGUCAACAAGUAUCCACCUAGAUAUUCUAUACCUUCGUAUACGUUCAUUGUUCUCGUUGAACGUCUAUGACAAGAAGAGGGCCAAGUAUGUUAAGUCAUUGCUUGUUUUCGAAAUCGCUGCCACAUUUGGCAUUCUAUUAUACCUAUCCAUUGUGGCAGGCAAAACGCAUAUACAGGAAUAUCCAGGAGGGCUGACUUUGUGCAGUGAAUCGUUGACUCUCUACCCAGUUAUAACGACUGUUUAUUGGGGUAUCAUAUUUAUAUACCAAAUUUUGGCGGCAUCACUCGCCUUUUACCAAUCUAUCCAACUCCACAAUACUCUGGGAGUACGAGGGACGUCACUUGUGAAAGUUAUUAUCCAAGACCAGGGUACCUAUGUAUUCCUGGUUUUGAUUUGUACUGGUGCAAAUUUGGUCGGGACACUUUGGCAGAGUCCGCGAACCGUCGCUCCGGAUGUUGGUACACCUGAAGCAAACAGCGGAGAAGGCCUCCCAUGA